UAUCCAUAGCAAUCCAGUACAAUCAACUUCGGUGAAAUCUUUGUAAUGGCUGUCCUUUAGGCGCGUUUUAGUAGUUAUUUGCUUUGCUUGCUUCAGGUGCGCAAGGAAGCAGCAAGUAUGGCACAGAUGGAGGGUUACAUUCCGGACAGGGUGAAGAAUGCUGAGAAACGUCUGGAACAGAAUGCCUACGAUCUCGAGGCAUGGAGCGUUCUCCUGCGAGAUGCACAGAACAAGAAGAUAGAGGAUGCGCGCAUGCUGUACGAGAAGAUCGUGACGCAGUUCCCCAACGCUGGCCGAUACUGGAAGAUAUACAUAGAGCACGAGAUGAAGUCACGGAAUUACGAAAGAGUGGAAAAGCUGUUCCAAAGGUGCCUCAUGAAAGUACUGAACAUAGACCUGUGGAAGUGCUACUUGUGCUACGUCAAAGAGACAAAAGGCGCACUGCCCACAUUCAGGGAAAAAAUGGCGCAGGCGUACGAUUUUGCCCUGGACAAGAUGGGCAUGGACAUCCUCUCGUAUCCCAUUUGGAACGAUUACAUCAACUUCCUCAAGAGUGUAGAGGCAGUCGGAUCGUACGCAGAGAACCAGCGAAUCACGGCCGUUAGGAAAAUCUACCAGCGGGGCAUCGUCAAUCCAAUGAUGAACAUCGAGCAACUCUGGAAAGACUACAUCCUUUAUGAGCAGGGCAUCAAUUCUCUGAUAGCGGAGAAGAUGAUAACGGAUCGUAGUAGAGAGUAUAUGAACGCCAGGAGGGUGGCCAAAGAGUAUGAAGCGGUAACGCGGGGACUGAACAAGAAUGCUCCUUCCGUGCCACCGCUGGGUACACCUGAGGAGCUGAAGCAGGUGGAACUCUGGAAGAAAUACAUAGCAUGGGAAAAAAGCAAUCCCCUACGUACGGAAGACCAUGCACUUAUAACGAAGCGAGUGAUGUUUGCCUACGAGCAAGGCCUUCUCUGCUUGGGGCACCAUCCUGACAUCUGGUACGAGGCGGCACUUUUUCUGGAACACUCCAGUAAGCUGCUCACGGACAAGGGUGACCUCAACGCCGGAAAGAUGUUCUCCGACGAAGCGGCUGCCGUCUAUGAACGGGCGACGACGACGCUGCUAAAAAAGAACAUGCUCCUCUAUUUCGCGUAUGCCGAUUUUGAGGAGGGUCGCAUGAAGCACGACAAAGUUCAUCAGAUCUACACGAAAUAUGUUGAUAUUCCAGACAUAGACCCCACACUGGGCUACAUUCAGUACAUGAAGUUUGCGCGUCGCGCUGAAGGCAUCAAGACGGCUCGUCUAGUUUUCAAGAAGGCGAGAGAGGAUCCCAGGUCCACGCACCAAGUUUACGUGUCGGCUGCUCUCAUGGAAUACUACUGCAGUAAGGAAAAAACUGUCGCCUUUAAAAUUUUCGAGCUGGGCCUGAAGAAGCACGGCGACAACUCGGACUACAUCCUGGCCUACAUCGACUACUUGUCGCAUUUAAAUGAGGACAACAACACGAGGGUACUUUUCGAGCGUGUGCUGACAUCUGGCUCCUUGCCUCCCGAAAAGUCCCUUGAAAUUUGGAACAAGUUCCUCGAGUUUGAGUCGAACAUCGGGGACCUCUCCAGCAUACUGAAAGUGGAAAAACGGAGAGCAGCCGCAAUUGAGAAGUUAAAGGAGUUUGAAGGCAAGGAGACUGCUCUGCUCGUAGAUAGGUACAGGUUUAUGGAUCUCUACCCCUGCACUGCGCAGGAGCUCAAAGCACUGGGAUACAGGGAGCUGACGAGGCAGCAGGCAACAGUGUCCCCGACCAAGCGCGACGUCAUGCAGGAGGCCCUGAGCAAUGACGUGAAGACAUACAACUACCCAAGGCCAGACACAGCUCAGAUGAUCCCUUUCAAGCCCAAGCAGAUUUGUCCAACUGGAAGCCAUGUUGUAGCCGGCGGAGUGUUCCCGGUGCCUCCAGCGGCUUCGGAGCUGAUGACCCGUCUGCCCCCACCCUCGUGCUUCACGGGUCCCUUCGUUGCCAUUGAUGAGCUCAUGAAGGUCUUCCUUACUAUGGGGUUGCCAGACAGACCUCCGAAGCCGACGGAAAACGGAGUCUCCAAGGAACACCUGAAGCUGUUUGAGCACCCGGCGGGAGGGGCGACGCCGACCACAAACGCCACCAAACGCAAACAUGCAGACGGCACGGCUGCGCACGACGACAGCGAAGAGGAAGACGGGGGUCUGGUGCCUCCCGCCCACGACAUCUACCGCGCUCGGCAACAAAAAAAGUUGAUGAUAUAAGGAACAAAGCUGUCAUGGAGCCUCUGAGCGAUGGUGGUUGAGAGAACUUUAUGCUGGUCGCCACCUCGUGCAACAAACCUGUUUUUUUUUUUUCAUGACGCUCACGGAGGCACAGUGUUGUGAACGGUAUCGUGUUCCUCUUAGUGCAGACAAUGACGUUCGCCAGACGUCAAAAGGAACUGACACGGUGUGUGACGCUUUUGGGUCAGCAUGUAAAUGUGUAUAAAAACGAAUGUUGCACAAUACAAGGGUAAACAUA